UGCCCGCAUAUCAACCUUUAAUUAUGCCCUCCAGAAACACAGCCUCUACCUCACCAUAUACUUCAAUAUGCUUUUCUCUGUGUGUUUAUGGUUAAAGUGAUGACCUGCAAAUAAGUGCAAGUCCAACACAUUAAGUAUGUGGUUCUGUGAAGUACUCUGAGAGCUAAACUUCAGAUUCCCUGUCCCUUGUGAGUUCCCUGGGUCACUUGGUUGUUUAUUUGGUGUAUGUAACUUUGUGGUGUGUACACAGAAGGUGUUUCUGGUUUAUAUCAGGAGGGUUCGGUGACAUCUAUCUGAUACUAGACGGGUGAAUGGGAAGAAGGUCCCAUCUCUGGCCUGUGUGCGGAAGCCGGGAUGAUGAAGGCUCUGCAGUGGGAACGUGCUGUUCCCGGGGUUGAAGCUCCAGCCCGUGUGUGAUAGUUGUAGAGCAAUUGGAAAGGUUGCGUGCAGAGUUCUGGUAAAGAUGGAAGAAUCUCAUUUCAACUCUUCCCCGUACUUCUGGCCAGCGGUGCCCACCGUCUCGGGACAGAUCGAGAACACCAUGUUCAUCAACAAGAUGAAGGAGCAGCUCCUGCCCGCUGAGAAGGGCUGCAGCCUGGCUCCUCCGCACUACCCCGCCUUGCUCACAGUGCCCACCUCUGUGGCUCUGCCUGCUGGUAUCUCCAUGGACUCAGACACCAAGCCGGAGCAGCUGACGCCGCACAGCCAAGCCCCUGUGACUCAGAACAUCACUGUGGUACCAGUGCAGUCUGCUGGGCUCAUGACAGCAGGUCCUGGUCUGGUGAUAACCUCCCCAUCAGGUUCCCUGGUGACCACAGCCUCCUCUGCCCAAACCUUUCCCAUCUCAGCCCCCAUGAUUGUCUCUGCGCUACCCCCUGGCUCCCAGGCAGCCCUUCAGGUGGUGCCUGAUCUGUCCAAGAAAGGGACAACCACCCUCUCAGAAGGUGGUGGGGGUGGCGGGGGUGGGGGAGUUGCCCCCAAACCGCCCCGGGGACGCAAGAAGAAACGAUUGCAGGAGUCGGGGCUGCCAGAGAUGAGCGACCCCUUUGUGCUGUCAAACGAGGAUGAUGAGGACCAGCACAAGGAUGGCAAGACAUACAGGUGCCGGAUGUGUUCGCUGACCUUCUACUCCAAGUCGGAGAUGCAGAUCCACUCCAAGUCCCACACGGAGACAAAGCCCCACAAGUGUCCUCACUGCUCCAAGAGCUUCGCCAACAGCUCCUACCUGGCCCAGCACAUUCGCAUCCACUCGGGGGCCAAGCCCUACACGUGCAGCUACUGCCAGAAGGCCUUCCGCCAGCUCUCCCACCUGCAGCAGCACACACGGAUCCACUCCAAGCUCCACACGGCGAUUGUCAAGCCCCACAAGUGUCCUCACUGCUCCAAGAGCUUCGCCAACACAUCCUACCUGGCCCAGCACCUCCGCAUCCACUCGGGCUGCCGCUACUGCCAGAAGGCCUUCCGCCAGCUCUCCCACCUGCAGCAGCACACACGUAUCCACACCGGGGAUCGACCCUACAAAUGUGCUCACCCUGGGUGUGAAAAGGCUUUCACCCAGCUUUCCAACCUGCAGUCCCACAGACGGCAGCACAACAAAGACAAACCUUUCAAGUGCCACAACUGCCACCGCGCGUACACGGAUGCUGCCUCGUUGGAGGUGCACCUGGCUACGCACACGGUGAAACACGCCAAGGUCUAUACCUGCUCCAUCUGCAGUCGGGCCUAUACCUCGGAGACGUACCUGAUGAAGCACAUGCGGAAACACAACAUCCCUGACCCGCAACAGCAAGUGGUCCAGGCCCAAGCGCAGGCCUCGCAGCAGCAGCAGCAGCACUUCCAGCCCCAGGGUGGUGGGGCAGCAGGGGCCCCUUCUGGAGACACUAACCAACCCAACCCUCCCCCGCAGUGCUCCUUUGACCUGACUCCUUACAAGACUUCAGAGCAUCACAAGGACAUCUGCCUCACUGUCAGCACCAGCGCCAUCCAAGUGGAACACCUCUCCAGCUCCUAGAGAGACCUUGACCCAGAGAGCAGAAAGCCUCUUGUGCAUAGCCGGUGCCCAGGGGCACUGCUUGUGCAGCGGCCCUCCUUGUGCAACAGUCUCUGGCCUCUCUUCCUGCAACAGCCUCUUCUGGCUGUGUAACCCUGUUCAUGGCAGCCCCUUGAAGAACAGCGUGGCUCAAGGGGUGCUCCUUCUGUGCAGCAGACUGCCUGGUAGGAGGAUGCUUCCUUGUGCAAGAGCCCUUUCCUGUGCUGGGAUCACUUCCUCAUGCAAGAGCCCCUCCUGUCAAACCCAAAGAAAAGGCCCCCGUUUUGCCUUCUCUCUCACUGUAGGAUGUGUCUGAAGGAGGGGUGCCUGUUGAGUCAUGCAUGGUGGAUGGGAUGAAGAGAGGGUCCUUGUAUGUACAGGGGCUCGGAUACUUGUUUUCCGCAGGCCACAGAAGAAGGGUUCACAGCUGGGUGGGGGGGUUUGGGGAUUUCCUGAGUGUCUAAGAGAGAGAUAUCCAUUCCUGUCCCUCCUGCUUGCAAAGGGGAGGAGGCCCUGCCCUGAGGACUGGAUGG